AACAAGUCCAAACAACCAUCAGCUUCAAUCUACGGUCGGUCGAACCCAAUUGAUCAGAACCAUCAGGUAGCGGAAUGAAUAAUUCCGGUCAAUCUUCCACUCUGUCCAUAUCAUCUAUCCCGCAAUCUAGCUUUACAAAUGCUUCCGUUUAUAUGUCACAAUCGUCGCUGCACGAUUCCAUCCACACCGUGACUGAUCCAAAUUCACCAGAAGUGCUAAAGCAGAACGUGCAAAUAGCGCUUGACCAUGUCGCAAGGAUUCAAUCACUGGCACGUAACUGCUCGCACGACAUACAAAAUGCAUACCAGGCAGGAAAUAGUCCUGCACACACAACAGCGGAGCUGGCCGCACUUAUGCAGGCACUUCGCACACUUGCUGAAUUCCUUCGACAAACUGGUGUAGGCGCAUACCCCAUGCCACCCGCCCCCGAGCCUCAGAACGCAUCAUCGAUACCUCCCACAGAGCAGCAACUGAUUGAUACCACGGCCCGCGAGGUACAAGUGCUUUAUGAGCGUCUGAAACGCAUUCAAGAGAGCAAUACCGUUGCUGUAAAUUUACUUGGGGCCGCUGAUACCAUCUCUCGCGCACGCUAAUCAACAUCGGUGUCCGUUCUGCUGUGUAGUUUUGUAAUAUCAGCCCAGUUGAGAUGCGGCGAUGCCCGGCUUGUGUGGGCAUUACUGUUGUAUUGCAUUCAGUUGGCAGUCUAAUACUCGACAAUCCCCGAGGGAACCUGUCCCCUAUUCAGCUGCCUUCAAAUAGAGAACGUCCGCAUAGAUCGUGCCACAAAACUGAUGACCUGAAAAUUAUUAUUAGCCAUCCUUGCCCAUGUUAGAUGAUAAAAAACGACACCUAGCAGCCAGAUCUACUAGUAUUCGCCACCCUU